AUGGCGGAACCUGCUCCAAGACCACAAACAUUAACUCCCCAGUUUUGUUUCUCAACAGUUGCGCUGAGAGAUUUUCUUCGUAUAUCUCGCGCCUCAAUUGACGAUAGUAUAACACAAAAUCUCAAUGCGCUCGUAACACCUUCGAGGGAAGGGUUUGACCCCUCAUCUACUUCGAUCCGCAAUCCUCGAUCCCCUCACUCAAAACAAAUACCUUCCACUGCAUGUCAGAAAUUCAAGGAAUCGGUUUUAUUUUCUUCGUGGCAGACAAGAUCAGAUGUGCUGAAUUAUUGCGCUUCGGUUGCUACGAGUCCGGACCCCGAUGAUCCAGAUUUGCUGGAGAGACAGGUUGAGAAUGCUAGGGAUAGGGAGAGGGUGGUGGAUGAGAGAUUGGAUCCGUAUUCUGCUAGAUUCUUCCCGAAAGAGGCGCGGACGGAGAGGUUGGCUGCUAUUGUGAGGCAAGAAAGAGGGGUGGAAAAUAUUGUGAGGGCGAGGAGCUGGGGGCUAGUUAGGGAGAGGUGUGGCGGAGAUUGGGAGAGCUGGGAAGAAGCUAUGGAUCAGUGGAGGAAGAGUAGGGAAAGGCCUCAAUGA